AAAUAAAACUCAAGAACCUCAGUGGAUGUUUGGAUGUCAUUAAAAGUGGAUUAAAGUGAAAGAAGUUAAACAUAGCAUAUUGAAAAACUAAGAAUAAAAUGUUUUCAAAUCAACAAAAAGUUAUUAAAUUAAUAACUUUCUUUUUUUCUGAGCUGCUAGCGACCGCUACUCUCGUGUUUCUUGGUUGCUUAGGAUGUGUGGACAAUUAUCCAGGAUUUGAGCCAACACAUUUAACAAUAUGCUUAAUGUUUGGAUUUGCUGUAAUGAUGGCUUUGAACAUUUUUAUGUGUGUAUCAGGAGCUCACAUAAAUCCUAUCAUUUCGAUGGCAGCAGUAAUUUAUAAAUUACUUGACGUUUUUACUGCGAUAAUCUAUGUUAUCGGGCAAUUAUGUGGUGCUCUCUUAGGAUACUGGCUUGUACGAAUCUCAAUUGAAGAUAAAUAUCUUAAAAAUCCAAAUGGAUUUUGCCUUAAUAAACCAGGAUUAGAUAUUGGACGAUCAUUUGUUGUUGAAUUUAUCAGCUCAUUUCUGUUUAUGCUUGUCGUUUGCAGUAUUUGGGAUCCUCGAAAUAAACAUCUUCAUGAUUCUUUCACAUUAAAGUUUGGAUUUGUUGUUACUCUUCUUGCUUUUGUUGGGGGUAAUUUUGGAGGUGGAUCAAUGAACCCUGCGAGAAGUUUUGCACCAGCAAUUUAUAAUUGGAAUUGGGAAAAUCAUUGGAUUUACUGGGUCGCUCCGACAACAGCAUCAUUGGCUGCAACUUUAAUUUUUAGAUUUGGCUUUUAUAAAGCAGAAGAAAAAGUAGAUGAAGUUUUUAUAACUAAUAUUAUUAGUGAGGAUAAAAAUAGGGAAGAAAUUUAAAAAUUUCAAUGUGUCAGCAUAAAAUAAUAUGUAAU